CCCCGUAGAAAAAACUGAAAUGUCGAGAUCCAUCCGAGAGAGAGAGAGAGAGAGAGGAGCAGAAGGCAGGCGAAGCUGUUUCAUUUUCCCCUACAAAUUAUCUUCUGGAUGGCGUUUGGUGACCGCUACAGCUGGGAAAACGUUUUAGACUGGAGUUAUGGUGGUGUUGACCCAAGUAUCCCCGGUAAUGGAGGGCCGAAUUGCGCUUCUUUCCUCUCGAUGCACAGAAGGCUGCUGGAGACGCUGUUGGGCUGUGCUGUUCCGCUGUUCUACGUGUUCUGGGGCUAUUCCUACAUCAGCUGCCCGACUUCAUAUAAGUUUAUUAGGAAGGACCGCGGGGGCAAGAGAGCGCUACUGGUGCUAGUGUCAAUGAUAUUUGGUAUGGAAGUUGGAUUUAAGCUUGCCAGUAAACAGAUUAUCUACCUUCUAAACCCCUGCCAUGUCACCACGGCCAUACAGAUUUACCUCCUAGCGGCACCCCCGAGCCGGUUCGUCACAGCUGUAUUCCGAGUGCAUUUAAAUUUCCUGAAUGGGGCAGUACUAGCGCUGGUAUUUCCUGUCACCAACUCCCGGCAGCUUCCGUUUGAGGUGGAGAUGUACUGGGUGGAACACGUGAUGAUGCUGGUGACCCCUUACUACCUCCUGCGGCUUGGGGGUGUGUACACAGUGGAGGACCAAUGGGACAUGAGCUGGACGAUCAUGUCUUUGGGAAUUCUGCUUAUAUAUCACUUUCUUCCCCUCCAACUCAUCGGCAUGCAGCUCUCCCAAGUGAACCUCAACAACAUGCUGUGCCCGGCCAUCAGCGACCCGUUUUAUGGCCCUAACUACCGAAUUGCGGCCAUGUUCCACCAGUCCCUGUGUGUGCCUCUCAUCAGCAAGUCGUUCUGCUUUGUUGCGAAUUUCUUCAUCACCAAGUUUCCCCCGACUAAGAUUAAGGACACACUGGCGCUUGACGUGACAAUGAGCGCUUAUGACCAACGACAAAAUCUGACCUACACCCCCCCACCCUCCCCCUCCACCACCACCCCGCCCUGCUCUGGUGGGGGGGUGGGGCUGCAGGGAGGCCGGGAGGGGGACACCACCAAUGGCCUCCACCACCACCACCACCACAGCCUCACUCACCGUAGGACGAAAAGUGAUGCAAACCAGUCGAAUGGGGGUAGUUAUUAAAGAGAGUGGAGCCAAUUAGAGUGAGUGAGUGAUUUAGAGAGAGAGAGAGAGAGAGAGAGAGAGAGAGAGGUUGUGUUUUUUUGCUAAGAGAGAGAGAGAGAGUGUGUGUGUGUGUGUGUGUGUGUGUGUGUGUGUGUGUGUGUGUGUGUGUGUGUGUGUGUGUGUGUGUGUGUGUGUGUGU